AUGAGAGGUCGCAAUGGUGACAGCUUGAAAGCAUUGGCAAAACUACGAAGACUUCCAGAGGACGACCACCGCAUUCAGACCGAGUGGAAAGGUAUUCUGGUUGAUGUUCGCUUCCAGGAGGAAAUGCUGAAGCGUGAACACCCCGACACCGGCCCAUUAAUGCUCGAGGUCAAACAAUGGAUCCAGCUCUUCAAGCCCAAGUACAUUAAGCGAACAUUGGUGGCAAUCGGCAUACCAUUCUUUCAACAGUUCUCGGGUAUCAAUGCGUUUGUAUAUUAUGCACCGACCUUUUUCGCUGCACUGGGACAAAGUUACGAGAUGACCUUGAUUCUCUCUGGGAUGGUGAAUAUCUGCCAGCUUGUCGCAGGGAUCCCGACUUUCCUCUUUCUCGACCAAAUAGGAAGACGAAAGCUUGCUAUAUUUGGCGGCUUGGCCAUGGCAGCACCGCACCUGAUUAUGGCUGGUGUUGUGGGCAAAUUCAACGGCCGUUGGUCAACACACCAAGGCGUCGGGUGGUUUGGUGUUGCCCUGAUAUAUUUGUAUGUCCUAACCUAUGCGGCAUCGUAUGGGCCACUUGCGUGGACCUUGCCAGUAGAGUGUUUCUCAACCGCGACAAGAAGCAAGGGCGUCGGAAUCGCCACUGCUACGAUCUGGAUAGCAAAUUUCAUCAUUGGAGUGGCUGUCCCACAAAUGGUCAUAUCCAUCGGCUGGGGCACCUACCUCUUUUUUGGCUGCUUCUGCAUUGCAGCCAGUAUCUUUUCAUUCUUCUUGGUCCCUGAAACCAGCAAGAAAUCACUAGAGCAGAUCGCCGAAGUGUUCGGAGACAAAUCCAUCUACGAGGAGGCCGAGUUGAUGGGCCGCGUGGCGGGAGAGCUCUUUGGGAUGGCGGCAUCGGUCGAGGAGCUGAAAGUGUGA